CCACGAUGGCUACCGAGCAGUGGUUCGUGGAGCCGCUCCCCCCCGGCCCUGGGGAAACACCGCCCGCGGACGACUUGGAACCUGGGGCACAGCCCUGCGGAGAUCCCUCCUGGUUGGCGUCCCCUGGCGGACCUGGGGACCCACCCGAGGCGGGACCGGAGGACGUCCAGGGACAGCUCCCCGAGGCCUCUACCGCUACUCCUUCCCCCGAGCCUCUGGCCCCGGGCCCAGGGCCCGCCCCUCCUCGCCUACCCUUGGACACCAUGUUCAGCCCCAUCACCGAACAGCUCCGCUACCUGCUCAAGAAGGCAGAUGAUUUCCAGAGCUACUUACUUUACAGCAGGGACCGAGUGCAGAAGGAACAGCUGGCAAAGGCCAUGCCCACCUUCUUACAGAUGUGUGAGCCCUACUUUCUUUACCUGGAGGCAGCCGCGAGGAGUGUGCCUCCCAUCUAUGGAGUCCUGCAGGAGCUGGUCCGAAAGGGGCUGUUGGAGAUCUCCCAACAGCUGACCCUGCGCCUAGAACAGCUGGUCCUCAUGUAUGCCUCCUUUGGGUUUGUGGACCUGGAGGAGACCGACCCCCUAAGUAUCUCCUGUUUCUUCUGCGGAAGGUUCUCCAUCAGCCCGUCCCACGAGGUGUCCAUCUUCAGAUACUGUGCCCCAGCCGCUUACACCGCCAGCCGCUUCCCCCGAUACCUCUAUAAGAAGAUGCGCUGGAAUCUGGAAACCGCCCCAGAGCCCAGCGGCAGGGGGCAAGAUUCCCGCGUGGAUUACUACUUCCUGUGCUAUCGAGAUACAUGGGAAGACACAGGCAAGAGUCCAGCCAAUUCAUGCCCCCAGAUCCAGAAGCUGUGGUCCAUUGGCCGAUGGGUGCCGCUAGGACCAGCUGAGGAUGACCUUUAUUCGUGGAUCUUGUGCCCGCAGCCUCCUGGGGACUACCAGCAACUGCUGACCAUCGGCUUCGAGGAGCCCUCGCACAUGCUGGCCACCGACCUGCUGGUGCAGAUCCUCACGGGCCAGUCAGGCCCGGCCCGUCCCCCGAGCGCGGCGGGGCCCGCGGCGUGGGCCGCGCAGGGGUCUUGA